UUCUAAGAAGUACUGAUAUUUUUUAUCGUCAUCCUAACAAUCCAAUGUGAUUUAAUGGACAACUGAUGGCCUAGCUGUUAUCCUGCUCGCCGUAAAAUUGCACAAUAUCUCGGCAUAAUAUUUUGCUCCUUGGACAUGCGCGUUACAACGUUCACAUGAGGCAUUUAAAUCUUUAGGGUAAAGAUCUCUGAAAGUUCACAAGCUCACAUUCGUUACAGAGCACACCAGAGCAGAGCAAAGUCACGCCCUUUUGCGUAGCCAAAAGAUGAUAACAUGGAUAUUAAGUACAUUUGGUGCAGGACUCUUCUCCCUUCUGAUAUACCAACGGAUGUUUUACCGAUUCUUUUGGGAGGAUUUGAUUUAUUACCUGAAACUUCGGAAGGUCGGAAAGGCGUUGAUGUCUCGCAUGCAAAGAGGGGUAAUUACUUACAUCGACUGCUUUCUCAAUCAGGCAAAGAAGACUUCUGACAAGCCUUUCGUAGUAUUCGAAAAUCAGACUCUCACGUACCAGGAUGUUGAUAAAAGAAGUAACCAAUUUGCUACAGUAUUUAAGACUGUGGGUAAUUUGAAGCAAGGCGAUAUAGUUGCACUUUUGAUGAGCAACGAGCCUGAUUUUAUCUGUGUGUGGUUCGGACUAUCCAAACUGGGCUGCGAAGUUGCGUUUCUCAACUUCAACAUCAAGUCAAAAUCACUUCUCCACUGCAUUCAAAUCUGUGGAGCGAAAUCACUCGUCGUUGGCGCAGAUUUGGUCAGUUCUCUUGACAACAUUUUGCCCACCCUUGAAGAGAAUGAUAUCAAGGUAUGGGUGUCUGAUGCCAGCUCACCUCAUCUGUCGGUCAACACAUUACUGGACAAGGUGGAGCAAACCUCGUCUGACCCUUUACCCAACCGUCCUAAAGUUGACCUCAUGUCUAACUUCUUGUUUAUCUUUACCUCAGGAACUACAGGACUUCCUAAGGCAGCCCGAGUGGGACAUCUCAAAGCCGCUAUGUGCAUGUCAUUUCUACGACUAUGUGGAGCCAGGUCUGAUGACAACAUCUACAUUCCUCUACCUCUCUACCACAUGACCGCAUCAUUGCUGGGGAUUGGUGGAUGCAUCGAACUCGGUGCCACAUGUGUACUGAAAAAGAAGUUUUCAGCCAGUCACUUUUGGAAGGACUGUGUAAAACACAACAUCACAGUAUUUCAAUACAUUGGGGAGCUUUGUCGCUACCUAGUUAAUCAGCCUGUGGUUCCUGAGGAGAGAACCCAUGACGUGCGUGUAGCAGCAGGGAGUGGCCUCAGGCCAGAUGUGUGGAAAGAGUUUGCCAGACGCUUUGGUAAAAUCAACAUUCGGGAGGCCUAUGGUCUCACAGAAGCCAGCAUCGGCUUUGUCAACUAUACAAGUGAAAUUGGGCCCAUCGGACGGGCCAGCUAUUUCAACAAGCUGAAUAUGCCCUUUGAACUCUUGAAAUUUAACCCACAACUGUUUGAGCCGACACGAACAAACACUGGAAGAUGUACAAAAGCAAACAAAGGGGAGACAGGCAUCCUGGUUUCCCCCGUGUCGGCCUUGAACCCCUUUCUGGGCUACGCUGGGAAUGAGUUGCAGUCAGAGAAGAAGCUCCUGAGAGAUGUGUUCAGGGAGGGAGACAUAUACUUCAACACUGGGGACCUCAUGCUCCAGGACCACCAAGAUUUUGUCUACUUCCGCGAUCGUAUUGGAGACACAUUUAGGUGGAAAGGAGAAAAUGUCGCCACAACAGAGGUUUCAGAAAUUCUAGGAAGUCUGGAAUUCCUACAGGAAGUCAAUGUCUAUGGUGUCAAUGUGCCAGGAUAUGAGGGGAGAGCUGGAAUGGCAGCUUUGGUUUUAAAGCCAGACCAGGAUCUGGAUGGUAAAAAAAUCUACAGUCUUUUGGUUCAAAGUCUCCCUCCGUAUUCCUGGCCCUGGUUUCUACGGAUACAGAUGGCCAUAGAUGUGACAGAGACAUUCAAACAGCAGAAGGGGAAGCUGGUUCAGGAAGGCUUCAGUCCUGAGGCAGUCCACGAGCCCCUAUACUUCCUGGACCUCUUGCAGAAAGACUACAUAUGCCUUACUCCAUCUCUGUAUAACAACAUUAUCUCUGGAAAGAUCCGCAUCUAAAAUUGUAGAAUUUUUGAACUAUCUGACAGUGACUGCAGCAGAAACAUAGAAGUGCAUUUUUAAAUGCAAAUUUGAUAGAUAUUCGUUCAAGACAGAUCUAAACGGAUGGAGGUUGUGCUGUAUUUGACCAUUUCUUAAUGCUGUCAUAAUUUUCAACUGUCACCUUUUAAAACACUCCUUAAAGUAGUAAUCUUGUAAUUUCAGAUGGAGCACUGUCUGAGGGUGUCCUUUUGAGCACUCGUAUCUUAUUUUCAGGAUCUGUCAGUUAAAACCAGUAAAUGAUAAGAUUACAAUGGUAAUGAUUACAAUGUCACGGUUGUAACCUGGUUAUCAUCCUCAUAUCAGGGCUUGUGUUUACACAUAUAAUUGUAUAUUAAUCACUAUUAGAAAUCUCUGGAUGUUGCAUAAUAUGCAACUGUUUACAGUAUUUGUUUGAAGACUUGUAGUUGCUUUUCCUGUUUUCAUCUGACAUACUGACAUAUCUAUUCAACUUAAAUCUAAGCUACAUGUUCUAACCCUAUAGACUGCACCCAUGUCAACAAGCAUAAACAUUCCAAUUCUAGAUAUGGACUAUGUCCUUGCUGCCAUUGAUUGUGUGUGUGUGUGUGUGUGUGUGUGUGUGUGUGUGUGUGUGUGUGUGUGUGUGUGUGUGUGUGUGUGUGUGUGUGUGUGUGUGUGUGAAAAUUACACACCAAAAAGUCUCGUUAAGGUAGAAAACGUGCGAUAUAAGUGAAGUCCAUUUCAACUAUGAAAAAGACACCUUUCAAUUUAAUUUAACCAAUGAUCUUCUUUGCCACGAAACAUCUUUCUUGAAAUUAACACUUUCAUUUAAAAGGUUGGCAGUCAUUGAAAAUAGAUUGGCUACAGGUAAAAUAUGCAUACCGUAUUUUUUCUGAAAAUAAGCCGCAUUUUCUAUAAACCGCACCCCACCAAAAGGUACGUUCAACUUCAUGCAGCGCCAGCGUCGCCUGUAGCCGCCUGCAGCCCGGCUGACUUGAAGCAGCCAAUGGCAUUCUCAUUCUUCCGCGAUAAUUAAAUGCUAGUGUGAAAUGACCAUUUCAAAUCAAACAAACUGACAUGAUGCAUUAUUUUAAUGAAGGAAUUUCUUUUAAAACAGUAUCUGCUGGUUUACAUGCACUGACAUAUAGGCCUACAUGAGAAUAUGAUAAAUGUUUGCAGGGGACGUAUUUAGGCCAGGGAAGUUUACCGGAGACAUCUGACCAAUAUACGUCAAGCCCAGACGCAGUACAGAAGCAAAAUGAAAAUUUAGCAGAAGUACGUAGGAGGGCAGAGCCAGGCGAAUAAACCGCAGCUUUAUUUCCCAAAAAUACGGUAUGCUAGACAAGAUGUGUUGUGUGUGUGAAACCUUUUUUUGUGGAUGUAUGUGUGCUCAUUUGUCCGUUGCGACCCUUUAGCCUACAGAAACCUACUUUUUGCUUGUCUACAUUAAAACAAGUGCUCAGUGCC